AUGUCAACGCCUGGCGCGCUUGCUGGCCUACAGACUUUCGAUGAGCUCAAUAUCGACUACGAAAAAGCCUAUCAUGACAACCCAUUCAAGAUUGCGUGUGUAAAAAAAGUAAUCUCUCUGCUGCCUUUAGGCUCCAGGAUUCUUGACGUCGGCUGCGGGACAGGAAUACCAGUCUCAGAGUUGCUGUCCAAGGCUGGUCUUGAAGUCGUCGGAUUCGACAUCUCGCCAAAGAUGGUAGAAUUGGCACAAACACGAGUCAGGGGAUUUUUCACCGUCUCCGACAUGCUCGAGUACAAACCCGAAGGGAAAUUUGCCGGCAUCUUGAUCAUUUUUGCUCAACUUCAGCUUUCGUACGCUGAUCUGCACUCCGUCGUCCAUAAACUCGCGGACGCCCUUGAAGAAGGUGGACUAGUCGCGCUCGGACAGAUGCCAGGUGAUAGCCAUGUGAAGGACGAAGCACACUGGGACGAGACAAAGACCUAUGUAGAAGACUACGAUGCUCCAUUCAUGGGCAAGAUGCUUCCCACCCUGAUGUUGAGCGCCCAAGGGCAACGAGACUUCCUCAGCUCGAUGGGUUUAGAGAUUGUCAGCGAGACGAUCGAUAUGUUUCAGCCGAAAAACGAGAAGUGUGUACCGGAGGAACAGCAAUAUAUCAUCGCCAGGCGACCGAAUGAGCAACCGUUGGCGGAGCCAAUGCCUCUCCCGAGAGUGAAGAAGCAACCAAGGACUACUAUCAAUUGA